AUGGACAGAGGGGAACCUGUCAUGAUGCAAGGCAAAGUAAAAGGUUAUCAACACAAAGACAAACUCAUGUUAGAUGAAGACAAGUUUAGAAACCUGUCCAUGCUUGAGAGAUCAACCAUAAGGAAGGUUGCUUCUAAGAUGGAAGUAAGCAAGACAACAAUUGGUAGAUUUCUUAAGAGGAAUCAAUUGAAACCUCAUACAAGUGCUAUCAAGCCUACACUUACUGAAACCAACAAAAUUGCAAGGAUAAAAUGGUGUCUUUCUCAUAUUCAGCCAACACUCGCUGAAGGUAAACUUCUUUACCAUUCAAUGCACAACAUUGUCCAUAUUGACGAGAAAUGGUUCUACAUGACAAAGACAUCAGAUAGAUACUACCUGUUGCCGGAUGAAGAUGUGCCAUACAGGUCCUGUAAGUCCAAGAGAUUCAUCACUAAAGUGAUGUUCAUGGCUGCUGUGAGUAGGCCACUAUGUGGGCCUGAUGGAGACAUCAUAUUCGAUGGUAAAAUAGGGUUAUUUCCAUUCACAGAACAGAUACCAGCCCAAAGAAGUUCAAAGAACAGGCCAAAAGGGACAAUGGAGACAAAGCCAAUUCAGUCAAUUACCAAGGAAGUCAUGACAGCUUGUCUCAUAAACCAGAUUAUACCAUCAAUCAAAGCCAAAUGGCCAGCCAAUGCAAGCAAGAAGAUUUUCAUACAGCAAGAUAAUGCCAAACCUCACCUUAGAGCAGCUGAUCAUCAAUUUGAGGCACUUGCAAGUACUGAUGGAUUUGAAUUCCAUCUAAUUAGCCAACCACCCAACUCCCCAGACACAAAUGUGUUAGACCCUCGGACCCUGAAUAGAGUUUUCAUCACUUUGCAAAGCUGUUUGACAGCAAUAUUACAAGUGCAUGGGAAGAAUGAUUAUAAGAUCCCUCAUAUGAACAAGAACAGGUUGGAAAGAACAGAGGGGUUGCCUUUACAACUUCAGGUUGAAGAAGGAUUGGUGAGAGAGAGCUUGGAGUAUCUAAAGCUGCCUGAAAACAACACUGGGGACUCAUAUGACAUAGGGCGGCUUAACCAUGCUUUAGGGUACUAG